AUGGUCAUCGAACAAUCUUUGAAAUUCGAGUUUAAGGCGAGCAACAACCAAUCAGAAUAUGAGGCACUAAUCGCCGGAUUAAGGCUCGCCAUUGAAUUAGGCGUUCAGAAAUUGUUCAUUAAAGGCGACUCACAGCUGGUUGUUAAACAGGUAAAAGGAGAGUACCAGGUGAAGGAUCCACAACUUGCUAAAUACCUGGAAGUGGUGCACAGGUUAAUGAUGGAAAUAGAGAAGAUCAGGAUAGAACAUAUUCCAAGAAGUCAAAAUGAAAGGGCGGACGUGCUGGCAAAACUGGCCAGUACGGGGCGAUUGGGCAACUAUCAAACAGUCAUCCAGGAAACCCUUUCUCGCCCCAGUAUUGACUUAGUGGAAGUUAAGUUAAAGGCGGUAAAGACGGUAACGGAAGGCGAGCCUUCAUGGAUGGAAUCAAUCAAAACUUUCCUCAAAAACCCUCCAAAGGAUGAUGAUUUGAACACAAAAGAAAAGCGUAGGGAGGCUAGUUUCUACACGCUGGUAGGCGAUGAACUAUAUCGGCGGGGAAUUAUGUCUCAUAUGCUCAAAUGUGUUGACAUGAGAGAUGCCCAGGGAAUCAUGGCAGAAGUUCACGAAGGAGUACGCAACAUUGCCGGUAUCAAGCUGCUUUGUUGCGUUCUAAGGUAA